UCUGUAGUUCACACUCUAAAUUAAAGGUCCAAAAAAUGGAGGAGAUUAAUAUUCAGCAGAAUGGUGUCCCAAGUGAUGGUGCAUCACAGAGUCAACAACAGCCUGAGCACAUUACUGGUGAUCUGGAGUUUGAGGGACAGCAGCAAGGGAAGACAUUGGAGGUUGAGGGGAAGCUAGAAUCCAACAAACAGGAUAUGAUUUCAGAAAAGGAACAAUGCCAAGUACAACAACAAAAUACUCAGCAGACCCUGGGUGAAUCUGGGAAAGAAGGACAAAGGAAACAGAAAGAGAUGAAUGAAAUUAUGCCUAAGAAGCAAAAAACUUUACAAGGGAACCAGGAAGUGACUUGCACACUCAAGGGUGAGAUUCCAAAGGGAGAGGAACAAAAGAAACCCCCCAGAAAACAGAAUCAAAAUGCAGAGAUGCAACAGCAGAAACAGACAAAAAAGCCGAAAGACCCAGUGUCAGAAAACCAAGAACGGAUCAACUACCUCGUGCAGGUCUCAAAAGUUCUUGCAACAAUGCCUCCCUCAGAGUAUAAGGAAAAUAGUCACAAGAAUCAUGAAUGUGCUGACCAGGCCCUUGCUUCACAGACAGGUGCCUUGGCUGCAGCCAUUGGUCGUCGUUGUGUGAUGCGUUUGUCCCCUGCACUGAAGCGCUCCCUCUGCAAAGGGUGUGGAGUGGCCUUAGUAUAUGGUGUCAAUGCAAGGGUUCGACACAGGUCUCGUCGCCAAAAGCACUUAGUGGUCACAUGUCUUGCUUGCCGGACUAUCAAAAGAUUUGUUAAUGAUCCAAAGCACAAACUUUGGUGUGAACAAGAAGAAGCUAUAUUAUAGCUUGUCAAACAUGACAAAAUAAGUGUCUGAAGCACAAGGAGCCAAACUUAAUUCUGUAGACAGCAAUAAAUUUGAUAUUCAUAUUGUAAUUUUUUUCCACAAAUAAAAUGUUAGUGAUGACAGGUUCGAAUCUUUAAAGCAUUGCAUGAACUAUUUUUAUAUACCUUUGCAAAAUAAGAGUAGAUUGCAUCAUGAAAUUGCAUGGUUUUGUAUUUUUGUAUGGCAUGUAGUUUUCCUUCCAUUAAUACCUGUACCCUGAAAUGGUCGUGCAGGCGUAUGUUAUUACUCUGGAUUCUGGAUAGUAAUGCAUUUCUUAUGAAAUUACAUAUGGCACAAAGCUUCUGUUUGAGCUGUAUUUCAUAUAGUUAUGGGGGAAUACCAUGUACACUUCUUACUUGUAUACUUAUUCAUUCGUACAUGUUCCAUAGUAUCUAGUCAUGCUUAAAACUUAUAACAUUGAGAUUGUGAGUGAUAAACUAACAUGAACGUAUUUACGAAAUUUUCCCAGCAUGCUUUUGAUUAUGCUCAGUGUUUGUACAGAGCAGAAGACAUAAAUUAUCAUCUACUGUAUAAGGUGAAGAAAUUUGAGGAGUCAGAUUUAUUUAUUUUAUUAGUAGUACUUUUAGCAAAAUUACUUUAAAACUAGAAAACCCUUUUUUUCACACUGGAGGAGAACAUUCUUGUAUCUUAAUGAUAUUUUUCUCAUCAGAGGUUUAUUGUACUUGUACAUUAUUUUUCCAGCAGUCUUUGUGACUUAUAUUUUGUGAGUAUAUCUAUUUAUGUAUGAUCAUUACAAGUAAAUGUUGAGAUGACCUUU